AUGGCGCGGCGCGGCCAACGCCGCCCCAACGCCGCCCCAACGCCGCCGCAGCCGCCGCCGCUGCUGCCGCUGCUGUUGCCACCCCGCGCUGCCCCUUCUGCCGCUGCCUCUUCCGCCGCCGCGCUGCCCCGCGGGCCCCCGCCCCUCCCCGUGCUGACGGGCCCCGCAGCCGCCGCCGCCGCCGCCACUUCCUUUUGUGACGGCGCCCGCUUGGCCGCUGACCUCAGCGCGCCGAGACCCGCCCCGCACCGCCGUGAGACACGCCCCGCACGGCUGCGAGACACGCCCCGCACCGCCGCGAGACACGCCCCGCACCGCCCCCUUAAAGGGACAGCGCGGUCCCAGCCCCUGAGAGAAGGGGUGCGGGGGACAUGGCGUGGGGAACAGGAUGGUUAUGUCUUCCGUCUCCAAGUGGCCUACCACAGAGAGCCCCUGAUCUUGAAGGAAGUGGUCACCCCAGAAGGGAUGCUGAAGUACCAGGAUACAGAGGAGUCUCGGCAGCUGGAGAUGGAGAUACUGCAUCUGCCCUAUCUAACCAGCUCCCUCCAUGGGCUUCAGCAGCAGCACCCUGCCUUUGGCAGCACUUGCCGGCUGGCCAAGCGCUGGGUCAGUGCCCAGCUCCUGAGUGACAACAUCACUGAGGAGUGUGUGGAUCUCCUUGUGGCCUUUCUCUUCAUCCACCCAGCCCCCUUCAUGCCACCCAGCUCUCCCCAGGUGGGCUUCCUGCGCUUCCUCGACCUGCUGGCAACCUUUGACUGGAAGAACAACCCUCUGAUUGUCAACCUGAAUGCUGGCCUCACAGACGCCGACUGCACAGAGAUCAAGAACAAAUUUAUGGCUGCUCGCUCUCGCCUCCCUGUCAUGUUCAUUGCCACCCCCAAAGACCAGUGGAGCUCCAUGUGGACCCAAGGGCGACCUUCAGCACAGAUCCUGCAGCGCCUUCUUGUGCUGGCCUCAGAGUCUCUACGAGCCCUGGAGGAGCAGCUCAUGGACCCACUUAACAACCACGAUGUGAAGAUGGUGUUCCGCCCUCCUUUGGACUUCUAUGAUGUCCUAAUCCACCUGAAUCCAAACCAUAUUCCUCGGCAUCUGGAGAGCGUGGACCGUCCACUGAAGUCUUUUUCCCGGGGUGUGGUGAAGAACAGCACUGCAGAGAAGAUUCUUUUUCCUGUGGUGGAUUAUGACCCUGUACAGUGCUACCUCCAAGAGCUGAGGGAUGCCUUCAGUGAUCUUGCCUUGUUCUUCUAUGACAAGCAUGGGGGGGAAGUGAUUGCUGUUUUAUGGAAACCUUUGAGCUUUCAGCCUCAGCCUUUUAAGGUCUCCAGCAUGAAAGGAAGGAUGGUGACAACUCUGAACAACGAGUUGAUCUGCAUACCCAACGUGGAGGCAAUUCUUGAGGACUUUGAGAUUCUGGGAGAAGGCCUGGUCAAAAGUGUGGAAGCUCGUACGGAGAAAUGGACUAUCUGAGGCCAGAGAGGUGUUAAGAGGGGCCUGUCCUGAAGCUGAGUUUGUCCACUCUGGCAGCAUUCCUUUUUAUAAACCAGUCACCUGAAAGCUUUUUAAGCCCCAGAACUGUGUUUUACUCUAUUUAUCUUUGUCUUGUUCAGAAAAGCAGGGGGCUGUGUACUGUUUUCAAGAAUACAAAUACUUUUUAUUUUUAAGAAAAUAUAAAGAUGGGAUAGUGCUUUUAAAGCAUUCCCGAUCACUUUGUAGGAAGCAAAGCUGUGUUGUCAUGAAAAUGUCAAGGCCUGAAAAUGUUGGCUGAGGUGUGAAUUGGGAGGGCUGUUUCCUAGUUAAAUGGAGUUCUUUGCAGCUGUUGUUAUUCGAGUGGUUGACAAAACCAAAGAAAUACGAGCCAUUAAAAAUGACCAGUUUAUUCCUUUUUUCAGUCCUG